UGGGUGCUUCCACGGUCCUGGGGCUGGCACGGCACCGACCCACGCUCGCACCGGGACAGCAGCGGCAAAGCACCGGGCAACCGUGCCAGCCCCAGCCGGUGUGCGUCGUGUCCGGCAUCGCACAGCCGGGACAGGGUGAGAGGAGCGGAGCGGGUGCCUGGAGAAAUCAAGGCACGGCAAGGGCUGAGGACAGCGGGCAGUUGGCGGGGGACACCUCCAGGAGCUCUGCUCCACAUGCUCCAGCUGGCCCUUUGCUCUCCUGAGGCUCUAACCAAAGCAGAGCUGAGCACAGGGAAGUGGGUGAUGAGCACUCGGACAAGUGCCGUGGGAAUGGAUGCUGCAUCUUAGUGAAGGCUGGAGAGAGACAACUUUUAAUGAAGUGUUCAGCACAAGGAGACUGAUGGUGAUGCUGUAGCUCCCAUGCAGAUGGGAGUCAUCGCCAGAGGCACCACUGCCGUCACGCACCUGACCCCAUGCACCAGAGCAGCCCAGCAGCGGGGGGAGUCACUACUGAGUAACAGAGGCAUACAUCCUCCACGUCCUGAACGAAGCCUGCCACGACUUCCUCCUCCUUCCCUGCUCUCAGCUGGGAGAAAACAGACCAAGGGAUGACGACGUUGCACAGCGGCUUAGAAAACUGCCAAGAAAAACUUCUCCCUCCAGGGCGAACAAAGCGAUGCGGGGUGAUCCUGGUGAUGAAAUGAAUGCUGUUUGCCUUCCCUGCAAUAUAAAGCACACUCCUUGGGCCUGGCAAGAUCAGCACAGAGCUCUGCCAGGUGGGUUGGAAAUGUUAGUUUUCUGCUUAGAUGAGUCAUUUAGAGCCUGUACCCAAGAGGGACUUUGUCCUCACAUCCAAAGCGCCUGGAGGACCUCGGAGAGCCCGGUAGUACCGGCGCUGCUCGGGCAGUAGCUGAUACCUCUUUGCCGCUGGGAGAGAGCGCGGCCGCUGUGCCCUCACCUAAGAUGGCAGCGGGGGCGGUCUCUCCCUACGGAGAAGAUGGCCGCCGAGGGGAGCGGCGCUCUAGGCGGGAGGCGGAGCUGGCUCGGCUGGCUCCACGGGGGUUGCAUGACUCUUUGGCGAUGAACGCAGCCAGAAGUGGCUACCGGGUCUUCUCGGCCAACUCCACGGCAGCCUGCACCGAGCUGGCGAAGCGGAUCACAGAGCGUCUCGGUGCUGAGCUGGGGAAAUCUGUGGUAUACCAGGAAACCAAUGGAGAAACAAGAGUUGAAAUAAAAGAAUCUGUCCGUGGACAGGAUAUCUUCAUUAUACAGACAAUCCCCAGAGAUGUGAAUACUGCUGUCAUGGAGCUGCUGAUAAUGGCAUAUGCACUGAAGACUUCCUGUGCCAGGAACAUCAUUGGGGUCAUCCCUUACUUCCCCUACAGCAAACAGAGCAAAAUGAGGAAGAGGGGCUCUAUAGUCUGCAAGCUGCUGGCUUCGAUGCUCGCCAAGGCAGGUUUAACACACAUUAUCACUAUGGACCUUCAUCAAAAGGAAAUCCAAGGCUUCUUCAGCUUCCCAGUAGACAACCUGAGAGCAUCCCCUUUCUUGCUUCAGUAUAUACAGGAAGAAAUUCCAGAUUACAGAAAUGCAGUUAUUGUAGCCAAAUCUCCUGAUGCAGCUAAAAGGGCUCAGUCUUACGCUGAGAGACUACGGCUGGGACUAGCAGUGAUACAUGGAGAGGCUCAGUGUACAGAGCAGGACAUGGAUGAUGGACGUCACUCCCCUCCGAUGGUCAAAAAUGCAACUGUGCAUCCUGGUCUGGAGCUGCCGUUGAUGAUGGCCAAGGAGAAACCGCCAAUAACUGUGGUUGGAGACGUUGGAGGAAGAAUUGCCAUCAUUGUGGAUGACAUCAUCGAUGAUGUGGAAAGCUUUGUAGCUGCUGCAGAGAUCCUGAAAGAGCGUGGAGCCUACAAGAUUUUUGUGAUGGCUACUCAUGGACUCCUGUCAGCAGAUGCCCCCCGUCUCAUAGAGGAAUCCUCUAUCGAUGAGGUGGUAGUAACCAACACAGUUCCUCACGAGGUACAGAAGCUGCAGUGCCCCAAGAUAAAGACUGUGGAUAUCAGUUUGAUUCUCUCUGAAGCCAUCCGACGAAUCCACAAUGGCGAGUCCAUGGCCUAUCUCUUUCGCAACAUCACUGUUGAUGACUAGACCUGGCGCUGCCCCUGUCCUGGCUUCCACAAGAGACGGAAAUAUGCAUGAAAAGGCAAUACCAUAAAUUAUAGGCAUAACACAACUGUUUAUUCUUGUAGGAGCAUGAAGGUUUUCAGGGUCUUGAGCCAUGAGAUCUAAUAGAGAAAAAUCAACCUGACCAGCACUUUACAGGUGAAUAGAAGAGGCCACUGGCAAUGGGGAGGUUUACAUCUUAAUUAAGAGAGAUC